CCAAGAUCCAAGAGGGACACAGCACAGGAAACAAUGGGGAUGAAAACGCCGACACAGCUGAAACCUUACUGUGUUCACUGUGAUUUUUAUAUGCCUCCAAUACCUUCCCACCAGGAUCUGGUUCCUGCGAUUUUCACACGGACAUGGAGGUGUCCCUCGUAGGGCCUUGCGUUUCUUUUGAAUUUUGAAGGGAUCCUCUCAUCGGCUCUUUAUUUUUCUGACAAUGGCGGGGCUGCUAGGAGCCUCAUCUCGAUUCCGUGUCUUCUUGAAAGGCGUCUCUCUUCUUCGGACGUCACCUUCUUUUAUUUCCUCUCACUACUUGUCUUCAUCCUCUCAAAUCCUAACAACCCCACAACAACAACCACAACAAAAUGACCAACAUCUCAAUGAAUCCUCCACCAAAAUCUCCGUGGAUCGCUCCGGCUUGUACAUUCCUCCAGCUCACUCCCAUGAGCCUUGUUCGGAUUCUGAGCUCGUUAAGCAUCUAAAGGGCAUAAUUAAGUUUCGUGGGGGGCCGAUCUCAGUAGCUGAAUAUAUGGAAGAAGUUUUGACAAAUCCCAAAGCGGGCUUUUACAUGAACCGAGAUGUUUUUGGGGCUGGGGGUGAUUUCAUUACCUCUCCUGAAGUUAGCCAGAUGUUUGGAGAGAUGGUUGGUGUUUGGAGCAUGUGCCUCUGGGAGCAAAUGGGACGACCAGAGAAAGUGAACCUGGUAGAACUUGGUCCAGGGCGGGGUACACUUAUGGCCGAUCUUCUUCAUGGCACAUCAAAGUUUGAAAGCUUUUCAAAGUCAUUGCACAUACACAUGGUGGAAUGUAGUCCUAUAUUGAGGAAGCUUCAAUACAGUACCUUGAAAUGCACAGAUGAAGAUACUACUGGCAGCAGUAGUGAUAGAGCCAUUACCACAUUGACAGGAGCUUCUGUUUCGUGGAAUGCCGCUUUGGAGCAGGUUCCAUUAGGAUUGCCUACCAUUAUCAUUGCCCAUGAGUUUUAUGAUGCUCUCCCAGUUCAUCAAUUUCAGAAGGCUUCUCGUGGCUGGUGUGAGAAGAUGGUUGAUGUUGCAGAAGAUUCAUCGUUCCGUUUUGUUCUCUCUCCACAGCCUACACCUGCUACAUUGCUCUAUCUUAAGAGGCGUUGCAAGUGGGCUUCCGCAGAAGAACUAGCUAAACUUGAUCAUGUUGAAGUCUGCCCAAAAGCAAUGGAGCUGACUCAUGCCAUUGCAAAGAGAAUUAGUAGUGAUGGCGGUGGGGCUCUUGUUAUUGAUUAUGGUCUGAAUGGAAUUGUUUCGGAUAGUCUACAGGCUAUUCGGAAGCAUAAAUUCGUGAAUAUACUAGAUGAUCCUGGGUCAGCCGAUCUCAGUGCCUAUGUUGACUUUGCUUCUAUCAGGCAUUCUGCAGAAGAAGUUUCAGAAAAUGUGGCCGUUCAUGGCCCAAUAACUCAAUCCCAAUUCCUUGGCUCCCUUGGAAUAAACUUCCGUGUUGAGGCACUGCUGCAAAAUUGCACAGAUGAGCAAGCCGAAUCUCUGAGGACAGGCUAUUGGCGACUGGUUGGAGAUGGUGAAGCCCCAUUUUGGGAGGGACCUGAGGAAAAGUCGCCUAUAGGCAUGGGUACCCGGUAUUUGGCAAUGUCAAUUGUGAACAAGAAGCAAGGUGUUCCCAUUCCAUUCCAAUAAAGCUUGAUACUUUCCUGUCUUGGUUAACGACGACAUGGAAGGUUGGAUAUUUCACCUGUCUCCUCUGUUGGCACAAGUGCGGUGUAUAGAUAUGUCUUGUACACAUGUUGGCUUUGCAAAAGCUCAAUUGAAUGAAUUAGGGCAUGUGUAUUGAACGACUUAUUGUUUUAUGUUGUAAUGAUUGAUUCCCAUCACCACCCUAUCUUAUUCUAAUGGUGGUAUCAACAGUAGUAUACUUAUUGCUGAUGACAUGUUGUGCCUUCGUUAUUAACUGCUAGCUUCUCAGAAGGUUGUCAAUGAAAAUUCAUAGGUCAUGUCAUUGUUCUUUAGACAACAAUUUUUUUGUAGCAAGCUGGUAUAAUGGGAUGGUUAGUCUAUUAGUUAUGAAAUGAUAUUAAUUUCA